AUGACUCCCUCACCCUCCUUAUUCCCUUCUUCCUCCUCUGUCCCACUAACCGCCACCGGUGGUGCCUCCAUGAUAGGCAACUCUGGCUGCUCUGGCGUGUUUGCCACUCCCCCAAUAACCUCAAAUUCUUCUGGACAAGAGCGGCGGUUUACCUUCGAAGUUAUUUCACCCGGUGGACGGACACAUCUAUUGCAGGCCCUAAGUUUGACUGACCUCGAGGUCUGGGUGCGCGCCUUGCGCUCCGGCCUCCUCACGCAUCAUCAACAUCAACAUCAUCGUGACAUUGGUAAUGCAACUUUGAAGGCCUCUAGCAUCCUUUUAUCAGGGCCUGAUGUCUCAACACUAACUUUGGAUAAUGUUGGAGCCGAAAUUGAGUAA